UAUAUAUAGACUCGACUUUCAAGCUGGUUUCAAUGGAGAAGAAAACAACAAAGUCGAAAAACAAGAUUUGGAGAUUACUACCGAAGGCAGCACAAGCUUCGCUUUCAUUCCAAAACCCGCCGCCGUUGAGCCCGGGCCGAGACAAGCUCAAAACCCAUUUCAGCAAAGGUUUUUCCGGCCCGAGUACGUCGGACAUGGUUUCCGACGACGAAAACCGAGAGCCCACUUCACCGAAAGUAUCCUGCAUGGGUCAAAUCAAGCACAGGAACAAGAUUCGCAGAACCAGGAAUACAGGCACGGCGGCGCGUGAGGUGAAGAAGAAGCCGUCGGGUCUCAAGAAGAUUUUCGGGUACGGCGGCGGCGGAAGAAAAUCCGAUUCUUCAGUUAACCACGGCGGCGGACUGCGGCUGCCGGAUAGGGCGGCGAGUCUGAGCCAGAUGAGGAGGUUCGCUAGCGGCCGCGGCACGUGCGCGAAUUUUGAUCGGACAACUGCACGAAAUGCAGCGAAGGAGGGCCGGGGUUUCUAUUCCGAUGAGGAGAGGGGAUACAGUGACGGAGAAGAUGACGUCAUCAUCAUACCUUUCUCAGCUCCGAUUUUUGUGGCUGGAGCCGGAGGUAACGGCGGCUUGGCUUUGGAGCCGAGGAAGGAGAUUAAUUUGUGGAAAAGGAGGACAAUGGCUCAGCCUAAACCUCUCCAGCUGCUUAACCCAUAAAUCAUUUUUAUUUUAUUUUAUUUUAUUUUAUUUUAUUUUUAAAUGUACAUAAAAUCAUCCUUUAUUGUUCUUAUUUGUAUAAAACAAAAUUCAAUUU